GAGUCAGUUGGCUCCCUGCAAUCGUUCUGGCGGGAUGGAGUUGAACAGUGAGUCGAAGUUAAAAGUUUGAAUCUUUUACUACCUCGUAUAGAAGAGUCCAAGGGAGGUAAAAAUAUAGAAGAGGAGGAGUUAUGGAUUAAGUAACCGCUGUAUCCGCACUGAACUGCAGGAGAAACUUAUCCAGAUGAAAUUCGUGUGAUUAUGGAUUCGUUUGGGUUUCAUUUCCGCUGAUUUGAAUUCCUAUGAUAUACUUGCUGUAUUUGGUUAAUUCUCAAGUAGAAUUUGUUACUCAUGGGAACUUCCACUCCGUCCAUAGCUUCUUCUUGUUCAUUUAAAACCCUAAAACUACUUCACUCAACAUCCUCCUCUUCUUCUUUGGGUUUUAAAGUAGGGUUUCUUUCUUCAUCUUCUAAAACCUUAAAAUUUCUUCUUAUUCGUGUUUCUAACAACAGUGUCUCGUUCCCUAUUGGAUCAUCUCUUCUUGCAUCUCGUAUGAUGGUUUCAGUUCCCGAUACUAAACCUUUGACUGCUCUUGAUUUUGAAACCUCUGUGUUUUACAAGGAGAAGGUCACUCUUGCUGGAAAUGACGAGUAUGUUGUGAGAGGAGGAAGGGAUUUAUUCCAUUUGUUGCCUGAAGCAUUCAAAGGAAUUAAGCAGAUUGGUGUUCUUGGUUGGGGUUCUCAGGCUUGUGCACAAGCUCAGAACUUGAGGGAUUCACUUGCAGAAGCCAGAUCUAACAUUGUUGUCAAGAUCGGAUUGAGGAAGGGAUCCCGUUCUUUUGCUAAAGCACGUGCUGUUGGUUUUACCGAGGAGACUGGAACUCUGGGUGAUAUAUAUGAAACAGUAGCAGAGAGUGAUCUUGUGCUGCUAUUAAUUUCUGAUUCUGCACAGGCAGAUAAUUAUGAGAAAAUAUGCUCCCACAUGAAACCUAACAGCAUUCUUGGACUCUCUCAUGGAUUCCUCCUUGGACACCUACAGUCCCUAGGGCUCGACUUCCCUGAAAGUGUGAGUGUGAUAGCUGUGUGCCCCAAGGGCCUGGGUCCGUCUAUCAGAAGACUUUAUGUUCAAGGGAAAGGGAUAAAUGGUCCUGGAGUUAAUGCAAGUUUUGCCGUCCACCAGGAUGUUGAUGGUAGAGCAACAGAUGUCGCCUUAGCAUGGUCUGUUGCUCUUGGUUCUCCUUUAACAUUCUCCACUACUCUGGAACAAGAAUACAAGAGAGACACUUUCGGAAACCAGGAUAGCCAGGAAACUGAAAGACGGAGAAAGAUAGGGUUUGCAAACAAAGGGAGAACACCAUGGAACAAAGGAAAGAAACACAGUGCCGAGACUCGUAAGAAGAUCAAACAAAGAACCAUAGAGGCACUGAGUGAUCCCAAGGUCAGAAAGAAGAUGUCUGAGUGUCCCCGUGCUCAUAGUGAGGAGAACAAGAUAAAAAUAAGCAUUGCUCAGAAGAAAAUGUGGAGAAAACGCUUGCAGAUGAAAAGACUGAAGGAUGAGUUUUAUCUGAAGUGGGCAGAAAGAAUUGCAGAGGCAGCUAGGUUAGGCGGCUGUGACCAACAGGAACUAAAUUGGGAUAGCCAUGAAAAGAUCACAGAGGAAUUGGUUCUUAAACAGCUUCAGUUGACUGCAGAUAAAGCAAGGGAAAAAGAAAUUGCAAAAUUAAGAAGAGCUAGAGCAGCGAAGGAAAGAGAGGAGAAAAUGGCUAGAAUUGCCCAGAGGAGAAAAGAGAGGAUAGAAAAGGAGAGGGAAGAAAAAUCAAAACCCAGAGUAGAAAUAAAGAGAAAGACACGUAGAAAAUCAGAAAAAGAGAAGCAACUACUGGCUCUUUCCAAGGGCUCAAAACUCAAGGAAAAAUUGACGAAGAUUCGCCGUAAGAAGACUGUUGAUGGUCAAGGAGUAGUGGCAACCGGCAAUCAACCAGCGAUUGAGAAAUUGGAUUUAGAGUUUAUAGAAAGAGAGAAACUGCGGAAGGAAGUGUCUCUUGCGGAUCAGAUUCGAGCUGUAAAAAAGAUGAGAGAGGAGUUAAACAAGGAACCUCUUGCCAGAGCCAUCUUAUAGAUUAAGCCAGCUAGAUCAUUUUCCUAGUCGAAGUGUUUAGGCUUGGGCUGCUAUACAUGUCAAAGUUGAUAGGCUGAAAACUAAAUUAGAAAUAAGAACAUGAGUUGAUCUAGGCUUAGAUUUGUUUUUGUUUUUUUUUCCCUCAUUCUCCUUGUAAGAACAAAUAAGAGCACCAACAUCGUCUACCUUCUUUUAUCAAUCAGUUUUGAAAUUGUUGAAGGAAAAUGUUAUGUCGUUGGGUAAUAGAUUUGUCCAAAACUUACACUUGGGCACCAACGUAUGUCCAGGUGGUUAUUAUUGACCAAUUGAAUUUGAAAAAGAUAUU